UCUCAUUAUCAUGUGAAAGAAAAUUAAAAUACCUAAAAGUUUUCCAUCCAUAACAAAAUUAAGAAAAUACUUAUUUUCCCUGUGUAUCUGUGUGAAAAAAAAGGGAUUUUUGUCUCUCUCGAAUCAUUUUGACAUUGUCAUACUUUUCGCACUACAGACUUUUCCCUGUGUUGUGAGAUGAGAGCCUUUGCAUGCGCGUUCUUUGUUUUGGGCCUGCUGAGACACAGCGCGAAGGCCGACUCUACUAUCAACAGCUUACGAGAAGCAGCAGUAAGAUGGGAUGGGGAGCUACCGUGCACAAACUGGGACUGUGAAUGUGCAUUCAAGCAUCAGCGAGGCUGCUGCUGCGGGGCCCCCGAUCUGGUAGCAGUGGAGGACCAAAUCUUCAUCAGAAUGAUGGACCUUUCGAAGCGCCUGACCCAGCUGGGUGACAGCGCCCUCCGAGUCACAGGAGAGAAGGUUGCAUUUACAGCUUCCAUGAGCCCCAGUGUGCACUGCUUUGGACCUUUCACCAGGAACAAACCCAUUCCUUAUGACAGCAUCAGCCUCAACCAUGGACGUGGAUAUAAUCCUGCUUUAGGCGUAUUCACAGCCCCGUGCUCCGGGCUCUACUCCUUCUCCGUCUCCAUCUACUCAAAACUGAGUAGGGCCGGCGACAGGAUGUACCACAAGGUGCAGCUCAUGAAGAACGGGGAGGUGAUCGCCUCAACCUGGGAAGACAACAGGGAUGAUUCAGAGGACAGCGCCUCGCAGACGGUGCUGCUGUCGCUGCAGCGGGGAGGCCAGGUGUAUGUGGAGCUGCUGAACAGUCGGCAGCUGUGUGGGACGAUCAAGGGUCUGAACACCUUUUCUGGCGUCUUGAUUUAUCCCACUUCAGAAUAA